AUGGUCAGGCUUUCACCAAAAGAUUUUAUUGCUCAACUAGACAAAUUAUAUGGCAGCGCACACGGAUCCGUCUAUAUUACAUAUAAGCAUUUCACAGGUAAAUAUUCAGUAAAGAAAUCAGGAAAGGGCCCAAUCAAAACAUUACCAGGCGUUCCAGAAGCUGGCGCUUCUAUGCUUUUAGUUCGUGCUACAGAUGGUAAUAAAAUUAAAAUUUCGGCAAUUGUAUCUGCUCAUGAUGUUGUUUCUUUUCAAAUCAGCCUCGAUAAAGUAAUGCGUAAAAACAUGACCGGAUUCAAGAAAGAUACUCCGGCUCCAGCUAAGAAAGCUAAUUAG